AUGGAGUCGUUUAAAGAGUUCAAAGAGAACCGUGUUCUAACGCAAACCGGAGAUGCUGUUCAGGACCAGGGCCAGGACCAGGGCCAGGACCAGGGCCAGGACCAGAACCAGAACCAGAACGGAGAGCAUCCUCCCAGCGCGGACCGCCAACCAGAUGGCCAGGAUGGGUCUAGCCAGCAAGCCCAAGACUCCAACGCAAGAUCCACCGGAUCCGUCAAGGUAGACAGCAAUGAAUAUGAGGACUGCGAGAAGAAUGUGCCUCAGAUGUAUCCUCUACUGUCGAACAACCCGCCGGAGUCUCCACCAUUGGGACCUGGACACCGAGAGUCCGAGGACGACGACGAGGAACUUGUUCUCUCCAAAUCCUUCAAGCGGACGACCAGCCCCUCGCCCACAGCACUUCAACGCAAUAGGGGAGCCCGGGUAACUAAAGUAGGCGACGAGGGCGUCGUGAAAAUGCACAAGUUCACUCUGCACGAAACAGCAAACUAUUAUUACAUUGUCGGGUCAGACCUGCUGGAUUCUGCGUAUCGGAUCUUGAAGAUCGAUCGAACCUCAGCCCCAGGCGAACUGAACAUCAUCGAAGACGACAUUGUCUACACAAAGAAGGAAACUCAGCAGAUCCUCAACGCCAUUGACGAGGGCAAUCGGGCAACUGGGGGACUGAAAUUGAAGACCAGUUUUUGGGGUUUGCUCGGGUUCAUUCGUUUCACCGCCCAUUAUUAUAUGCUCUAUGUGACGAAGAGAAGCCAGGUGGCUAUGAUUGGUGGCCAUUAUAUCUACCAGAUCGACAAGACCGAAUUGAUGCCGUUGGUGAUGGCCGGAUUCAGUAGGGCCAAAACAGACAGACAUCUGGAAGAGGCCCGGUUCAUUGGCAUCCUGAACAACCUCGACCUCACGAGAUCCUUCUAUUUCAGCUAUUCGUACGACGUCACCCGAACAUUGCAGCACAACAUCAUGCGGGAGCGUCAGGCACUGCACGAAGGUCUCGCUGGGCCUCGCAAGGCCGAUCACAACGACAUGUUUGUCUGGAACCAUCAUCUCCUCAAACCUGCCAAGGCAGUCUUGCGAAAUCCUUUCGACUGGUGCAUAUCAAUUGUCCAUGGGUAUGUCGAUCAAAGUGCUUUGUCGGUCUAUUGGGGACGGGUCGUCUACGUCACAAUCAUUGCACGGCGCUCGCGGUUUUUCGCCGGCGCUCGCUUUCUGAAACGUGGUGCCAACGAUCUUGGAUACGUGGCCAACGACGUUGAGACGGAACAGAUCGUCUCAGAAAUGCUCACAACAUCAUUCCAUGCUCCAGGCCCAGUACUCUUUGCCAAUGACAGAUAUACUUCGUAUGUUCAACAUCGAGGAAGUAUACCACUCCAUUGGACCCAGGAUAACACAGGCGUUUCGCCGAAACCAGACAUCCAUCUUAAUGUGGUGGACCCCUUCUACAGUGCUGCGGCCCUGCAUUUCGACAACCUCUUCAAACGAUACGGCACGCCCAUAUAUGUGCUCAAUCUCGUCAAGUCUCGCGAACGCACCCCCCGAGAAUCCAAGCUUCUCAAAGAGUACACUGUUGCAGUCAACUACCUCAAUCAGUUCCUGCCGAAGGACAAGCAAAUCCUGUACCACGCGUGGGAUAUGAGUCGAGCUUCGAAAAGCCGUGACCAAGAUGUCAUUGGCAGUCUUGAAGCAAUAGCCGAAGAUAUCCUUCCGAAGACGGGGUUCUUCCAGAACGGAAACGACGCAGAAUCAGGUCUGAAGCUUCAGAAUGGUGUUGCAAGGACAAAUUGCAUCGAUUGCCUUGAUCGAACUAAUGCGGCGCAGUUCGUGAUUGCAAAAAAGGCAUUGGGAUAUCAAUUGCAGGCUCUGGGUGUUAUUGAACACCCAUCGGUCGAGUACGACUCUGACGCCGUCAAUCUCUUCACACAUAUGUGGCACGACCACGGCGACACGAUUGCCAUCCAAUACGGCGGCUCGCACCUCGUCAACACCAUGGCCACGUACCGCAAGAUCAACCAAUGGACCAGCCACUCACGGGACAUGGUCGAGAGCUUCAAGCGCUACUACACCAACUCGUUCAUGGACGCGCAGCGACAGGAAGCAUACAACCUGUUUCUAGGGAACUAUGUCUUUUCCCAAGGCCAACCUAUGCUUUGGGACCUGACGACAGACUACUAUCUGCACCACUCCGACCCUCGGUCCAUGUUUGGGAAACGCAGGCCCAGCUACCGCCAAUGGUAUACGGCCGAAUACCUCGAGACACCUACCAUGCCGCCGUCCAUCUGGCCACGAGAACUGCGCGACCGACCACUGAGAUAUUUUGACGACUUCUGGGUCGAGUACUACCGGCCGCUGGCUGUGUCGUCGUUCAAGAAACUGUUUUCUUUCAAAAUGCACUCGAACCUGCGCUACAUCCCGAUCAGCUCGGCGUCUUCGGGCAAAUACGACCUCUCCCCGUUCAAAGUGCGGACGACGAACGAGAGCGAUGGCGAGGGACACGACAAGGGCCAUCAAGGGGCGCGUAAGGGUGUCAAAUUCAUCGCUCCGUCCGACGAGACAACGUCAAGCCAAGCAGGAGAUGGCAGUUCCAUUAUCUCCACGAAACCGGCAUCCGCCAUGGAACCGACUCCCGCCCCCAAACCCAACACGCUCGGCCCGUGGCUCGACGCCCAGCAGCAGCUGCACAAUACACUACGUCGACGCCAGUACACUGGGAUCAUCAAGGAGCCUUCUUUCGAAGUGCAGUCGGCUGGAGUGCCGAAGAUCCCGAAACUGCCGACGGCCGUGACGAGUGAUCUGACCAACAGUUCGGUGCUGGCUGGUCCGCCGACGAAAGAAGAACUGGCAUUACAAGCAUUCACGUCGUUGAUCUCCAAAUCCCUCGAUCCACAGGUCCGCCAGGCCGACGAGUACCAGCGCUACGUGGCGCAUCCGUCGAAUAUUCCGUUGGUGGUGUCGUCGGAUAUCGACUACUCGGCCGCCCCGCUCGAGUUUCUGGAGUAUCUGAGCAAAACCACCAGCGAUCCGGCAGAGCACAAGGUUCUUCGACACUACGACGACGAGCGCGGCGCCGUCAGUUUGACCCUGGAGGAGCGUGCAGAGGCCAAUCUGGACGAGUAUACCGAAUACGUAGCCAGCGGCGCCGUCGACAAUCCUCUCGCCGUGUCCGAAGAGGACGGCGGCAAGAAGAGGUACAAAGCGUAUAGGAAGUGGUUGAAGGGCAAGAGUCUGUUCAAACAGCGUCCGGAUGUCGGGGAGGAUAUCGAGGGCCUGCGAGGUGAAGGUCCAUGA